GCCCAUCUUCGUCCUCGUCCGCCCCUCUCUCCCGGUCGCCAUGUCUGCCGCAGCUGCUCCUCCACCUUUGAGCCGGUCACCGAGCGAGGUCGACCACGAGAAGGCCGACAGCUCGUCGACGUCGCCCUCCUCGACGGCCGCUCCCGAGUACGAGGUCGGACAUGGCGCCGUCGUCACGGCCAAGUCUCGCGGUGUGCAGCAGAUGGAGGCGUUGCACUCGCGCCUGUCGACCAAGUGGCGCAUCCUGCUCUACUCGGGCUUCACGCUCCUCGCCUAUGUCAUGUCUCUCAACCAGUACACGUCGAGCAGCUACCUGACCGCCGCGACGAGCGUGUCCUUCUCGGCGCACUCGACUUUGACGACCAUCUCGUCGAUCAAGUCGGUCUUUCAGGCCGUCUCGCAGCCGCCCAUCGCCAAGAUUGCCGACGGCGCCGGUCGCCUCGAGGCCUACUCGCUCUGCGUCUUCCUGUACGCGCUCGGCUACAUCGUCGUCGCGUCGGCCCAGUCGGUCUACGCCUACGCCGUCGGCAACUCGAUCUACAUCCUCGGGAUCACCGGUUUGUUCCUGCUGCAGAACAUCAUCAUCUCGGACAUCUCGAGCACGCGCAACCGCCUCUUCUUCUCGAUCCUGCCGUCCGUGCCCGGUGUCAUCAAUGUUUGGGUCUCGGGCAACAUCACGCAGUCGCUGCUCGGCUCGAAGAACGAGAACGCCAACAUGUGGCGCUGGGGCAUCGGCAUGUUCGCCAUCUUGACGCCCGUCCUCGCCCUCCCGAUUAUGUUCAUCCUCGGCUACACCAUGCGUCAGACCAAGGAGCAGAAGGCCGACCAAGCUGCGGCCCGUGCGGCACCCGCUCACGUCGGUCCUCAGCGCACGUUCGCCCAGAAGGCGCUCUCGGUCUUCUGGCAGCUCGACGCCAUCGGCCUCCUCCUCCUCGUCGCCGGGUUCGGCAUGGUCCUCGUCACGGUCACGAUCGCCAACGGCAAGGGCUCGCACUGGAGUGACGCGCACUGUAUCGCCCUUCUCACCGUCGGCGGCAUCUGCAUCGUCGCCUUCGCCCUUUGGGAGCGGUUCGGCGCCCGUCACCCCCUCAUUCCCUUCCGCCUCCUCACCAACCGCACCGUCAUCAUCUGCGCCCUCAUCGCCGUCCUGUACCCGGCCGCCGGCGGCGUCAUCGGCUCUUACUUCUACACCUACCUCCUCGUCGCCGGCGAGCAGUCGACCUUGUCGGCGACCCGCAUCGGCUCGAUCGCGUCGUUCACCUCGACCUUGACGGCCGCCGCCAUGGGCAUCGUCGUCCGCUACAUGCGCUACCUGAAGCCCAUCAUCAUCGCCGGCUUCUGCAUCGACGUCCUCGCCUUUGGCCUCAUGAUCCGGUACCGCGGCGCCGGCGCAACCCGCGGCGACCUCAUCGCCGUACAGAUCGUUCGCGGCCUCGGCGGCGGCUGCAUCUCGUUCCCGGUCCAGGCCGCGAUCCAGGUCGUCUCGAAGCACGAGCACCUCGCCGCCAUCACUGCGGGAUACCUCACCGUCUUCUACCUGUCGCAAGGCGUCGGUUCCGCCAUCGGCGGCGGCAUCUGGACCAACACGGUCCCGAACCGCCUCAACGAGCUCAUCAGCAACUCGACGAUCGCCAAGCAGGCCUACACCAACCCGAUCGGGCUCAUCGCCAAGUACCCUCCCGGCACCGAGAUCCGCCAGGCCAUGGCGACGGCGCAGGGCGACGCGCAGCGCAUCCUGUCCAUCACGGGCACGUGCCUCGCCGCCGUCGGCCUCGUCCUCGCGUGCUUCCUCCAGAACGUCCGCCUCACCGACGAGCAGUCGCUCGAGCAGGUCGAGAAGGCCGAGGACGGCAAGAUGGCCCAGCUCGACACCAAGUAGAUGGCCUAGGCGCCGGCGCGCGCACAUACCCAUCUUUCUUUCCCUUUCCUCGUCGUGCCUCCCCUCAUUCACCUCAGUGCACCUUUCUCUCUUUGUUACGUGGCACCCCUAGACACCCAAAAGCCGAACAGCCCGCUCCCGUCGUGCAUUUUGCAACCUCGAGGCUUUCCUCAACCUUCUC